AUGUCCUACAAUGGGAUCGGGCUGAAAUCUGCCAAGGGCUCUGCAACAUCGGGUCAUAUCCAAAAAUCAUUGGCUGAUAACGACAGCACAAAGAAUAAAAACUAUCACGCAAGACAGAGGGCAAAGGAUAAAUUGAAAAAUGUCGGGAAAGGUAAACUAGCUGACAAUGAUUCUGAGCCUAUAAAGAGAUAUGUACCGUUGGAAGCUCGUCGCAAGAUAAUCAAGCAUCUCAGUAAGAGAGAGAUUGAAGUACAAGUUUCGGAACUUCGAGAUACGCUAGAAGACUCCAACGAGGAUCAUCAGGUAAUAGAAAAGAGAUGUGAAGAGCUGCGGACGGAGCUUUUACAAGAGUGGGAGGCUCGGCAACGGUUGGAUAAACUUUACACAAGUCGAGCAAAGCGAAAUGUUGAAGAAAGCAAUGAGACUAGGCCUCACCAAGCUGACUAA